AUGUCCCAGCUCGUCGGCGGCGAUUACGACGAGCAGGAGGAGGCCAUGGCGCCCGACGAGCUGAUGCAGGCCCCCGCUGGCCUCGCGGAGCUCGACGUCUCCCUGGCUGGAGCUGAGUCUGUGGCCAUGAAGCAGUUGGCAAGGAAGCGAAAGGCCGUUGGUGGAGAGGCCGCUGCAGCCGGAGAGGGCGCCGAGGAGGACGUCGAGGCUGGCGACGCCGCGGAGGCCGAGGACGGCGAGGCCGACGAGCGCGACGCGGACCCCGAGUUGUGGUUCUUGUGCGACGGCUGCCAGCGUGCUAUUCCUGGUGGCAAGAGAUACUUCGAAUGCAGUGUCUGCGAGGACUACACGCUUUGUAUGAAGUGUUUCCGUGUUCGGCGUCAUCCGCACAAGUUCGUGCGCAAGAAGAUCCCUGAGCAUUGCGUUCCGCCGGAGGAACUCAAGGGGCAGGAACCGAACCGGGAGGAGACCAAGGAUGCAUUGGACGAGUAUUUCCAGCUGGAUUACGAGGACAUCAUUGGCGGUGACUUGCCAACCCGCUUCAAGUACAGGGCGGUGGAGAAGAAGGAUUACGGCCUGAAGGGCCACGAGAUUCUCACCAAGCCGGACGAGGAGCUCAACCGCAUCAUCCCCCUGAAGAAGCUGCGCACCUACCGCGACGAGGGCCCCCCGGAGCAGUGGCAGAAGACGCAGAAGUUCCAGAGGAGAGAGCGGCCGGACGCCAAGGAGCAGAGAUGUUAUCCCGAGUAG